AUGACUUUAUGUAGAGAUACUCCUAUUAGUUGGUCUUUGCCUUUUAAGGCUAUGGCAAGAUCACUACCACUCUGGGCCCUUUUUAUAACUUCAUUUUGUUCAUCAUAUUUUAUUACCAGCAUGAUAAUGUCACUGCCAAUCCUGAUCGACAAUAUGUUUGAUUCUGACAUCAGAAAUAAUGGGUUUCUGAGUACACUGCCUUCUCUUGCUGCACUGAUUUUUCUUAUUAUAGGAAGUCUAAUAGCAGAUUUUAUAACUUCCAGGAAUAUCCUCACUCCAGUGUUGCUUCGAAAAACAUUAACAUUUCUGGGGAUGCUACCAGGAUCAACACUAUUCAUUGCUGUGCCAUAUGUCAGCAACUACAUAGCUAUUAGCUUUAUCAUGUUUUCUUUUGGAAUGUGUAUUCUGAAUCAUGUUUCAUUGCAAGUCAAUCUGGUAGAAGUUGCUUCCAGGUACAGUAGUUUUCUCUCAGGAAUUUUAGCCUUUUUUGGAAUGGUAGCUACACUCAUUGUGCCCAGUAUAACUGGAUUUCUCAUUAGUCAGUCUCAAGAACUUUCAACUCAUCAACUUUUACUUCAACAACUCUCAUCUAAUGGACAGCAAACAGCCAAAUGGGGAGGAUUGAAGAACUUUUCCCUGUUUAUUGAAGCCAGGCCUAGUAAUACUUACCAGAAGUGGUUCUAG